AUGUACAGGUACACAGGUACAUGUCGUCUACCGACUAACCCCUCUGCUAAUGCAUCUCAUCUAGACAUCAACCCCCCGAGUUCGCAUGCACAUGCUCCAAACUCAGCCCUGCGCCCAUCGUCUCCGCAUCGCCCGCCCACGCUGGGGAACGCCCGUGCGAGCCGGCCUUCACCGCCUCGAGCAGCCACGCCCACGCCCGCGUCCUUUCUUUUUCUCGCGACCUGCCCGCCCUCCCCAUGCUCGACCAUGGCCCAGCGUGUUUCGUCGACGAAGAAUUGA